UCAGAAGACGUCAACUCCUCAGUGUUCGUAAAAUGAACCGUAAAAGCCUGUCAGGGGCAGCAAUUCUCAACCCAGGAGCAAGUCACUUCCUCAGAAGCCAAAAAUAAAGGCCAGAAAACCAAUACGGCGGGAGGGAGCUUGCCUAGCCACAACCAACUGGAUUCCACCCCAGCACCCCACAGCGUCCCCGAGCAACACUGAGUGUAGCUCAGCAUUCCCGUCCCUGAGCACCGCUGGGUGUAGCCCAAAAACCACAUACACAAGAAGUCGAUUUAUGCAUAUUUUUUUUGGUUUGGGGCUCAUACCCAGCCGUGCUCUGGGCUUACUCCUGGUGGGUUCUUUGUUUUGGGUUUUGGGCCACACCCAGUCCUGGCAGUACUCCGGACCAUAUGUGGUACCAGGGAUGUAACCCAAGUUGCUACAUUCAAGGCAACUUCCUUACCCACUAAACUAGCUAUCCAGACCCCCAUGUUCUGUUUUUAACUUGAGUAGCAAGUCCUAAAAAGUAUCGUCUUUUUUGGGGGCCUGAGCCACAGUAUAUAGUGCGGGAGGGGCACUUUCCUUGCAUGUGGCUGGCCUGAGUUCAACCCCCAGCAUCACGCAUGCUCCCCUGAGCACCACCAGGAGUGAUUCCUGAGUGCAGAGCCAGGAGUAACCCCUGAGCAUCACCGGGCAUGGGUGGCUCCCUCACACUCAUCCCCCCACACACACACAAAGAACUCAACUCCAGGAUACCAGCCCCCACAAUUCUAGAAUCUUUUGAGAAGUGAACCAAGUGCCCCAGAGACUCCCAAGGUGGGCCUUGAUGCCGAGCCACCUCCACUGCAGCUACACCAAUGGGCAACGCACCCCAGAGGGGCAGCCGGGCAGCGGGAGGGGUGCCCGUGGGGCUAGAGCUCUCCGAGGCCAUCCUGCUCGAGGACCGAGUGGCCAUCUACGCGCUGCUGCAGAGCCACCCUGUGGACCAGCCCCUCGCCAUGCUGGCUGGCUUCUCCCGCUACAGGUCACCACUCAACCAGAUGCAGUCCGUUGCACCCAUCCACCUGGCCGCCGAGCACCACCGGGCCCAGAGCUUGCUCUGUCUGCUGGAGCACGGGGCUGACCCCGAAACCAGGGACACGCAAGGACUGACCGCGCUUCACCGCGUGCUCCUGCACUGGCCACUCGCUUCCCCCAUGUGGGCAAAGCCAGGGAGGCACCGCCAAAGGGCCCCGGCACAGGCCCAGCAGAGCGCUCUGGCGUGUCUCCAAAUUCUGUGCGAACAUGGGGCCCGAGUGAACGCUCGUGUGGACAGUGGCAGCCGCCACUCGCCACUACACCUGGCCGUCACCUAUGGGACCUGUCCAGUCCUCACCAUGUUGGCCCAAAGGGGGGCCCGGGUAAACGCCACCGACUCGUCCAGCAUGACCCCCCUGCACGUGGCCGCGAACAGCCUCAACCAGGGGAUGAUGGAGACGCUCAUCGCGUGCGGGGCCGACGUGAACCAGGCCAUGUCAGCCACGGGGAGCGCGGCCCUGCAGCUGGCCGUGUGCGUGGCCUCCAGCAAGGCAGGUCGCCUGCUGGCAGCGGGGCUCGGCUGCAUCAGGCUGCUGCUGGCGCACGGGGCCAGGGUCAAUGCCCAGGACCACGAGGGCCGGGCAGCCAUGCACGCAGCAUGUUGGGGUGGCAGGAAGGCGGUGAUUGAUCUCCUGCUGGAAUCGGGGGCUUCUGUCAACACCCUGACACGGCGCGGGGAGUCACCCGUCUACAAGUACCUGGAGCGCGGCUCCAACAUCAGAGACAGGCCGCUCCUGGGCCGCCUGCUCCAGCACACCCACCCGCUGCAGCUGACCAAUGCCCAGGGCACGCUGCCCGCGGGGCUCCUGCUGCCCGAGUUCCAGCUCCUGCGGGAAACGCUGAUGAGGGAAUCUCGGGAGCCCGCGUCCCUGGAGGACAUCUGUCAGAGGAGCCUCCGGAGCGCAGGCGGGGAGAAGCAGAAACAACGGCUGAAGGAGCUUCUCCCGGGGACGAUGUGGCUGGCUGUGGCUGGCCGCCAGGACGCAGCUACCCCCUGAAACGGGGCCUCCCCGAUCAGAGCGCAAUGGGGCUUCACAUCACUCGUUCUCACUCCAAAACCCAGAGCAGACUCAGCCCAUCACCCUGCACAUCCCAAAUACCUAAACUCGGUAGUUUUAAACACCUUUUCAAACCGCCCCCAUCCUGAUUUGCAUAAUCAACCUUUGUUUCCCUGAAAUGCAUUUUAUGUCAUUUUUUGUCUGUCUGUAUCUUUGGCCACACCCAGUGGUGCUCAGGGCUUACUCCUGGCUUUGCACUCGGGGAUCACUGGUGACGCUCAGGGGAUCAAAUGGGGUGGGGUGCCAGGGAUUAAACCAAAGCCCCACCCACUGUAUUCUCUCUCCAGCCCCACAUUUUCUGUGACUUAAUUUUUGCCCCAAAAGCACGCAGACUAAAACAUAUCCAAGAAGUAUUUCUCUUCCUGAUUAUUUUUGGUAGAUAAAGAUUGAAAGUCAUUAAAGACCUUCCUUUAGCUAGAUGUUUUGUUGUCUUGUUUUUUGUUUUGUUUUUUUGCCGGGCCAGGGAUUAAAGCCAGGGCCUAACUAAGGCCAAGUCAAGCCCUCUCCACUGAGCUCUACCCUGUCCUUGACAAGUUUAACAAUAGCACAGGGGCUGGAGAGACAGUGGGUAGCGAAGCAGGCAA